CAUAUAUUUUUGCAUUAUCCAAAUUAAUUCCAAGCAAAUGUUAAAAUGCCACUUGAACUCCAGCAGCAUUACUAUCCACCGCCUCUUUGAAAAAUCCGAUGACGGCGGCCACUACUACCCCGACACACCCGGCGGCCAGAAUCAGAAUAAAAAGCGACCGCCAGCUCUGGCUUCUCUUCCAUUUCCCAAUUUCUUUUACCUUUGACUUAGGGUUACAUCAACGAAAAAUUGAAGAAGAUGGCGGUGCCAUCACACUCGGAAUCCACGGAUUUGACCUCACCACCACCAUCGAAGAUUACAGACUUGAACGAGGACUCACUGUCUUUCUGUGCCACUUACCUGAGCCUGCAGGACCUGUCCAACUUGGCCAUGACCUGCAAGUUCCUCAAGCGCGUCGCUUAUUCUGAUUCCAUCUGGCAGCGCUGCUUCAGCGAGCGAUGGCCACAAGAAGUAGCUCGUAUCUCGUCAAAGACCUCUUCAGGAGUGAGGGACGCGUAUUUGGCGAGGCAUGCCUCGUUGCAUCAGUUCAAAUUUGUUGAUCCUUUGUCUGCGGACUUGUAUACGGAUGCGAAAUCUUUUGAUCAUAUUAUGUUGGACAAGAAUGAUAUUAUCUUUUCACAGGGUUCUUCCAUACGAACAGUGAAGAUUGAUAGCUUUUUAAAUGGAAAAGACUCUGUGGCUACACUAAGUGAUCAUAAUGCAAGAAUUACUUCUAUGAGAUUAUUUCCCAUUUAUGAAACCUCUCUUUUUCGAAGCGAGUCACAAAGGAAAGAAAAUGUUUUGGUAACCUCAAGCUGUGAUCAUUCUAUUCGUUUGUGGUGGAAGGGCUCUUGCCAUCGCUGUUUUAGAGGUCAUAAUGGCCCCGUUUCAACCUUGUCAGAUAAGUUGUUAGGUGACAGUAGUGCCAAGUUAUUGGCAAGUGGUGGGGAGGAUGGUACUGUUCGCCUUUGGUCCCUUAGCUCAAGUGGAAAGCGUGGUCAACAUGGUUUAAAGGCUACAUUUUAUGGCCAUGAGAAACCUAUAAAAUUGAUUUCGGUUGCAGAGCACAGAGCUUCACUUUUGGUAACCAUCUCAAAAGAUUCCAAGGUUAGGGUUUGGGAUAUAACUACAUCUUCUGCUAUUCGUUCUUCAUGCUGUGUGGGAAUGACUACUCUGCCUGGCACACCUGUGGAUAUGAAAUGCCAUGAAUCAUUGCUUUAUUUUGCUGCUGGUUCCUCUGUUGGAGCUGUGGAUUUGAGAACAAUGCAGAAAGUCAUCACUGCAGCUAUUUAUCAACCUAAAUUAUAUUCAUUUGCAAUUGCCCCUUCAAAAUCCUUGGUCUGCACUGGUGGAAAUGGCAAAGCACUGCUUUGGGACACAAGGAGAAACCAGGAGACACUGAAACCAGAACCAUUAGCUGAGUUGGAUGGACAUACAGGUCCAGUCACACUGUUGCACAUGGAUCCAUAUAAAAUAGUCACAGGAGGGCCAGAGGAUUUAUGCAUAAAUGUUUGGGAGGCUGAAACUGGUGUACAAACAAAUUCCUUCAUUUGCUGCCAAUCCGAGGAUGUAGGUCAUAGCUCUAGAUGUACAGCCAUGGCAGUGAAAGGAACUCAAAUUGUAACUACUGCCUAUGGUGAAGAAAGUGGAAUUGUACGCUUUAGGGACUUCUUCAAUGCUUCUUGUCCUGUUUUGAAACAUGAAGAUGAGCAUAGUUCAAAGUUUUGGGAUCCACAGUGUUAUAGUGAUAGCAACACUGAUAGUUCUGAUAUCUGAAUAAAAUCAUUAAUUUAACUUUAGAUUUUGUUAUACAUGUUCCGUUGUUUUCAGAUCACCAGUAAAUUAUUAUGCUGGCUGCCAUUUUUUUUUGUGAGAACAAUGUAUUUAUAAGAGAAGAUUACUUUUUUUUUUUUUGGUGGAAGUGAAUAGAGUAUUCUCUGAUAGAUUUGAGGUAUUGUACAAACAUGUAAAUUUAAGAUGUAUAUUGAAAUGUGAAUGAUUAGCAAAUGAUUUAUCU